UUCGACGUUGAUCCGAGAUCUGCGUUUUUGCCACCCGAUGAGCCACUUAAAAGGCUAGACGGUGAAUAUUCUAUUUGGGAACUAGCGUUAGAUGCUGCAUUACAACUGCCUCUACAAUUAGAUGGUUCUAAUAACGAGGUUUCUGAGCAGUGGCGUGAUGCAAUACGUUCAAUGCUCAACGUUAAACCGCCUACUAUCAAUUCGAAUGGUAUCAGAGUCGUCAGAAGAGCCUACACUGUCUUGUCAUAUAUUGCACACUUUUACGUACAUUCAAGUAGAUCAUCAGAGGAUAAAACUACAAUACCAUCAUCUAUAGCUGUACCGUGGAAUCAUACAGCUACUGCUUUAGGUUUACCUCCAAUCCUUACCUAUGCUUCAACUGUUCUUUGGAAUUGGGAAUACAUUGAUCCAUCGAAGGGUCUUGUAGAAGGCAACUUAAGGGCUCCUUUGACUUUCACUAGAAGCCGGGAUGAGGAGCACUUCUUUUUAACUUCGGCUUAUAUUGAAGCUGCAGGUAGAUUAUGCUUGGAAAGAAUGUCACAAUGUCUAGAUGAAGCAUUUAUGGCAGAUAUGUCACCAGAUGUGUCCUAUCGGAGCAUGUCCAAACAACUUACUGAUAUAAGCAAUCAGAUAAACAUACUAACAAGGAUUCUCAUUGACGUUCGGAAAGAAUGUCGCCCAGAGGUCUUCUAUGGAAAGAUAAGACGUUGGUUUAAUGGUCCUAAUGGUCAAUCUAGUUGGCACUACGAAGGUGUUGAUCCACCAGGCGUUUAUAGAGACUACGGUGGUCCCUCAGCAGGUCAAUCCUCUUUGAUACACUCACUUGAUGCUUUCCUAGGUGUCAAUCACGCACCUGUAGAUGAUGACGCUAAUUAUGAUGACACUUUCAUGCGUAGAAUGCAAUUUUAUAUGCCAGAGUACCAUCGUAACUUCCUCGAUCAUUUGUUGAACGUUGAACCAAGCUGUCGAGAUGUAGUGAAAGCAUCAGAAAAUGAUGAAUUGAAAGAAUCGUACAACAAAGCUAUAGAAUCAAUGAAAGUAUUUAGAAGCGAACAUAUAAAGAUAGCGACACUUUAUAUUGUUACUCAAUCACGUAAGGAUACGUCACCAAUCGAUGACAGCGCAUCUGAGCCUAAGGGUACUGGCGGAACAUCAUUGGUAAAAUUCCUGAAAACCUGCCGCGAUAGAACAUAUUCAACACUUUUGUAA